AAGAGACUGAUGUACUAAUAUUAGAUCCGCCGUGAUCUGUUUCAUUGCCAUACAAAUGGACUGGACAACAUUCACCUUCUUUUCUAUUGUCCUUUUGUCCAGCUCUACAUUACCUGGAUUGUGUGACAAAUGUCCGGAAAACUGUUCGGAAUGGGAACCAUCGGGGAAAUGCAAGUUGUGUAAAUGGCGUUAUGGAGGGGAUCGUUGUGAAAAAAAUUGCGAAGUGGGAAUGUGGGGUUUGGAAAAUUGUGAAAAAACAUGUCGGUGUGAUGGCAACAAUUUUGAAGAAGGAUGCGAUAUUAAUAGUGGAAACUGUCGAUGCAAACCAGGCUGGUCAACCACCAGAUGCAGCAAAGAAGAACCUGAUGUCAACUCAGAAACCACAGCGACCAUUAGCAUGAACCCAUGUGAAGGAGAUGAAACGGACGGACAGAUGGACGAAGGAGACGGCGCCGUAUCAGAAACUACUGGAGACGGCGCCGUAUCAGAAACUACUGAUAUGACACAGAAUAAUAACGAAACAUCAAUGGGCGUAGUUAGACCCGUACCAUUAUCUGUCAUCGUGGCCUCUGUCAUAGGUGUUGUUGUCUUCAUGACUGUAUCAACCGUCUGUAUUAUAUGUGGAAUCAGGAGGGCUCACGGCAAACGGAGUAUUUUCGGGAACGGUACAGAGAGCAGUCAAAAAGACCUUAUAACAUCGCAAACCGGCCGUGCAGAGUACAGCUAUGUAGAUGUUCCCGAUACAUUCACCACGGAAUCAGCUGCACAGAACAUGUCAGGGUCGAAUGUCCAACAGGUGCAUGAGGGGACGACGCCUCGGAGGAACCGAUCAGUUCCAGGAGGGAGGUUUUUGUACGACACGGUAACAGAUGAACUGAUAUUGGUAGAUAAAUCCAGGAAAGGUCGUAAAAAGAAUCAUUCUAUGAAAGUCACUGUUGAUCAACGAUUAACAAAUCGGGAAAAUAAUAACAUACAUGAGAUGACUAACAAUCGAAGUAGAAAACGGAGAUCUGAAGAGGAUUAUGGCCACUCAGGAACAUGUGAAGGCGACACGCAUGACUACAAUAGUUUUAGUGAGUUGGCGAAGAGGCAGAAGGCUGAAAUUAGCAGCGAUUCCGUUUACAGCCACUUAGAAACUGCUAGGGGUGAGAACAGGGAUAUAUAUAACACGUUCGAGGAUAAAGCGGGAGAGAGACCAAACGAAAGAGUCAGCACCAUGUUUGAAUAUGCACAUUUAAGUUCGGUGUUUGAUGGAAAAGCAGGCUCGUAUUCCUAUAUAGAUGUUAAACCUAAAUGGACAGCUGAUAAGGAGGAUGUUGCUGGCAACUACCACCAUAUGGCAUUUAACAUAUAAUUUUGUAUUAUAUAUAAUACUGUAUAUUGAUAUUUGCUUUGUUGUUAUAUUACUCAAGGAGCUUACGAUAUUUUUAACAUUUAACAUUGAUAUUGCUUUGUAGCUACAUUUUUCAAAGAGCUUACUGUAUAUUGCAAUUGCUUUGUUGUUACAUUUUUCAAGGAGAUUACUGUAUAAUGACAUGUCUGUGUAGUUUUAUUAUUCAAGGAACACACAGGUAUUAUUGUAAUCCCUCUUUAAAUUUUUCAGAAACAUUUUGGUUUUCCUGACUUCCUUUUUUGAUAUCCAUUCUUCAAUUCUUUAAGGACGUUCUUCAGAAUAUACAUUAUCAAUUGCCUCUCGUCUCGCAAUAAAGAGAAAUGAUCAUAACAUCAAAAUCAAUACAGAUAUGUAAAUAAAACAUGGAUUCUGUAAUAAAAAAAUGUCCCUUAACGGUUCAAUUUCACAUCGUAACAAAGUCUACAACGGACCUCUUUCACGAACAAUAUGAUUUUGCCCACGAACCAACUUGACCAAAACCUGAUGUUAUUUGUAGCACCCACUGAUGGACAAGUUUAUUUUGGCCACAGUCCCCUGGAACCUUUUUGAAUUUUUGAAACCUAUUUCAAGUGUUCACUCUCAAAUUACAUCUGGUUUUGGUCAAAUUGGUUCGUUAGCAAAAUUCUGUGGGUCGAGAAAGAGGUCCUUUUGAAAGAAGUUAGUUUGAAACUCAGGGAGAGGAUCUACAGUCAGUGUCAAUAAGAAUCAAAAACCUGUACUCUCAAAUAAACAAAAAAGGCAAAGACCUUCAAAAUCAAAAUGCUGUAUCAGGCAACCGCAACUUGCAUGUUGAUUAUAAAGCCAUAGUUUUUAAAGAGAUCGGUUGCAAUGUCGGUGAUAUCCCGAUAAGAAUCAAAAACCGAAAUAAAAGGCAAUACCCUUUUCAAAAUUAGCGAAUCAAAAUGUCAUUCAGAGAAAAACAACCACAUAUAAUGAUUAUAAGAUCUACUAAGCUUCAAAGAGAUCGUUUACAAAUGUCAUAGAUCUCGGGUCAAGAUUCAAAACUGGAAUACACAAAGGACAAUAACCCUUGCAAAAAAGGCGAAUCAAACUGCCGUCCAGGGAAACACAACUACAUGUACAUAUGAUAAUUAAAGCCUACAAAGUUUCAAAGUAGUCUGUUAAACAAUCUCAGGACCAUGGUUUACGCCCGACGGAAGGACGACGUCAUACCAUAAUCACUUCAAAUUUUGAUGGGCGUGUAAAAUGUCAUUCACUUGUGAGUACGUUGUACUGAUAGUUACGGUAUUUGGAUCAAGGAUAUGUUGGAUUGUAUGCAAGUUACGGUAUUUGGAUCAAGGAUAUGUUGGAUUGUAUGCAUUGUAUGCAAUGCACUGAGGUUGCUGUUAUUUAUGCUUACUUUAAUCAAUAUAUUUUGAAUAAAACAUAUGCAGUGUUAAAUUAUUUAUAAGUAUUGGGAUCAAUUAAAAACUUUUCAUAUAUGCUGUC